UCGGAAUCAUUACAGUGUAGAGUUUGUAGGAAAACCCUCAGAAUCAUAACCAUGCUCAUUUUCUUCUUCACUCUUCUAGUGUCCUUCUCAGGGUUUCUCCUUCUCUUUUUGGACACACAACCAGAACAACAACGUAGUCAUAAUUAUAACCAUGCACCUCUUUCGCACCCAAUCAUUGGAUGCCUCGUCUCUUUCUACCAAAACCGCCACCGUCUACUGGAUUGGUACACCGAACACUUAGCCAAUUCCCCGACACAGACCAUCGUCGUGCGCCGCCUCGGAGCACGACGCACGGUGGUGACGGCGAACCCUCGCAACGUGGAGUAUAUUUUAAAGACCAAUUUCGGUAACUUCCCCAAAGGCAAACCCUUCACCGAAAUCCUCGGCGACCUUCUCGGCUGCGGCAUAUUCAACGUCGACGGCGAGCUGUGGCACACCCAGCGCAAGUUAGCGAGCCACGAGUUCAGCACGCGCUCCCUCAAAGACUUCAUCGUGAAGACACUUCAAGAAGAGACUCAACAAAGGCUUCUUCCAUUGCUGGAGCAUGCAGCACGUGAGAGCCACGUGAUCGACUUGCAGGACGUGCUGAGGAGGCUCACGUUCGAUACUGUGUGCAGGGUGUCGCUGGGAUACGACCCCAGCUGUUUAGAUCUCGCGAAGCCCCUGCCGCCUCUUCUGACGGCGUUCGACACCGCGUCGGAGGUCAGCGCCGCUCGUGGCGCGGCGCCGGUGUUUCUGGUGUGGAAGAUGAAGAGAAUCCUCAACGUUGGCUCAGAGAAAUCAUUGAAGGAAGCAGUGAAGCUAGUGCACGAGUCCGUGGUGAAGAUUAUAAAAGCGAAGAAAGAUAAAAUUGCAUUCAAUGAAAGAAAUUGCGGCAUGGAUUUGCUUGAUAGGUUGUUGAAAGCAGGACACGAGGAAAUCGUGGUGAGAGAUAUGGUUAUAAGCAUGAUAAUGGCGGGGAGGGACACCACUUCCGCAGCAAUGACGUGGCUGUUUUGGUUGUUAUCAAAGCAUAGAGAGCAAGAAGCAUCGUUAGUUAAAGAGUUUUCUUUCGGAGAAAACGAAAAUAAGUGUUUGGAUUAUGAGUGUUUGAAAGAAAUGAAAUUGUUGAAGGCAUGUUUGUGUGAGUCCAUGAGGUUAUACCCGCCAGUGGCAUGGGACUCGAAGCAUGCGGGUGGUGCUGACGUGUUACCAGAUGGGACCCACGUGGGGAAAGGGGAUAGGGUGACCUAUUUUCCGUAUGGGAUGGGGAGAAUGGAGGCUCUGUGGGGGAAGGAUUGUUGUGAGUUUAAGCCAGAAAGAUGGUUUGAUGAGGAGAGUGUGAAGAAAGGGGUUCUGAAGUGUGUGAAUCCUUAUAAGUUUCCGGUGUUUCAGGCUGGGCCGAGAGUGUGUAUUGGGAGGGAAAUGGCUUUCAUUCAGAUGGAGUAUGUGGUGGCUUCUAUUCUCAACCGCUUUGUGAUUUCGCCUGUUUCUGAUGACUAUCCUCGUUUUGUUCCUCUUCUGACGGCUCAUAUGGCUGGAGGGUUCAAAGUGAGGGUCCACUACAGAAAUGGAACUCAAAGAAUCAAGCUAGAGUGAAUCACAAGUGGGGCUGAAAUUAUAAGUUAAUUAAUACUGUCUCCUGCUUGGUUGGACGGUAGCAUAUACUAUCUUUCGUUUUUAGUUGUGGUAUUGGAUUGGCAUGCUUGCUUCUUGGACCAAAAUCAUCUUCUAUGUAAAGUAAUCUUAUAUUGUUUGAUGUGAUUUGUCUUUA